UGAAGGAAAAGCCGUGGAUUUAUAUGUUGUAUGAAUUGACUUUUGAUUUCUCGUGUGGCAAAGCAAUAAAGCUUGUGUCAGUCCCGCCAACCUCGUCCUCUUCCUUCCUUAUCAUAGCGAACCCGCUACACUGGUGCCGAAACCCGGGAAGGAAGUAGGAGGGCCACCGCCAUCAUGCAGGCAACAUCGGGCACGCCGUUUGCGGACAUCAUCGCAUCUCUCGCGGUCCUCCACCGCGAACAACACCAGGUGCUGCUGGACCUUCGGAGUGACCACGAGCUCCACUUCCAGACUAUCUUCCAGGCCCAGCAAGAGGACCACGAGAGCUUCCGGAGCUGGGUGGACCAGGGGGUUCGGGCAGAGGCAUCCGCACCAGCGACAACCGCCGCGUUCCUACCGCUGUCGAAGAUGGGGCCAGAGGAGGACCCGGAGGCGUUCCUCGACCUCUUCGAGAAGACGGCGGAGACUAGCGACUGGCCCCCGGAGGAUUGGGCAUGGCGACUCCUGCCGUUGCUGUCGGAGGAAGCGCAACUGGUGGCCCGGCCGCUGCCCGUCCAGAACCUCCUGGUCUUCAACGACUUGAAGAGGGCCAUCCUCCAGAGGGUCGGCCGGGACUCCUGCCGCAAAUGGCUGCUGGCUGGGAAAGGCAACGUCGAGGACAUCAUCGACCGCGUGGUGCUGGAGCAGUUCAUCGCUCGGCUUCCCAAGAGUACGGCCGAGUGGGUCCAGUGCCACCGCCCGACGUCGCUGGACUCAGCCAUCCACCUGGCGGAAGACCAGAUGGUGGUGUGCCCCGGGGUUGGCGAACCCCUCCCGGCUGUUUCUCUCUCCCCCUCUUCUCUCUCUCUCUCUCUCUCUCUCUCUCCUCAUCCUGUCCCUGCACCCAGGUCCCAUCCACCCGGUCUGCCAUGAGUGCCGCCUCGACGACGGUUCCCACAGCCCGGGGACUACACGACCGGGUACCGCGCUCCGCCGCAGGGAUUCCAGGACGGCAAUGGGUCCACCCUCUCUCCGCACCCUUCCCGUGCUCCACUUCCCGCCACCCGGAUGGCGGAGACGCCUGGGCCGGCCUGUUGGCAAUGCGGAGACCCGGACCAUUUUGUCGAUCGGUGCCCAGUGAUGGAGAUCGGGACGAUGAUCCGGGUUCCCGACACGCUGCAGGCUGUCCCCGGUCAGAAUGGAUGGUACCAAAUUCCUUAAUGGCGCGGGGAGACGAUAUAUAAAGACCCAAGAGACGCACAACGGGGAGAGAGAGAUGGACUGAACACGGGCUGCCACGACCACAGAACCUCUCAGUAGAGAAAGAAGGACUUUGCUGGAUUAUUAUCUUCUCGAACCGGGCUGAAGGAAAAGCCGUGGAUUUAUAUGUUGUAUGAAUUGACUUUUGAUUUCUCGUGUGGCAAAGCAAUAAAGCUCGUGUCAGUCCCGCCAACCUCGUCCUCUUCCUUCCUUAUCAUACCGAACCCGCUACAAUGACCUAUAUUAAUAUAUUAACUAUAAGAAUAUUAACUAUACUGUCUGAAAUAGGUGUACAUUUACAAUUACAUAAUGCUUAAUUAUCACAUUUAUGCCUGUUUGAAUAUGAUCUGAAAUUGUGACGAUGUGCAGGGGGAGGAUCAUUUAUAUGCACGUCAGGUUUAGUCGAUAAAACAUUUCCGCAAAGGAAACACCUGUGUAUCCUCGCUCAUGACUCCUCAGAAUGCCUCCUCAGUCCUCGCCUUCUCCAGGUGCAAUUAGAGAAUUGAGAUGUCCUUAAAGAUGGCUGAGCUCAAUCGGUUUCCAGGUCAAAAGAUGGAGGACGGAGGAGCGAGGAAACGAGGAGGCAUAUUGAGAAGCGUCCACUCCUGUAGCAUACGCUCCCAUAAUAUGCUCGAUACCAUCAUCUGUGCAGGCAUACACUGAGCAUGUAUAACCCAACACACAGCAUUGUUUUGGAUGUCUGGUAAGAAUAUAAAAUAUAAAUCGUACAAGCUGUCCAAUCAUGUUGUGACUUUAUACUUAAGCUGUUAGGUUUGGUAUCUUUAGGUUCGCUGUAAAUAUGCCAAUCUGAACACUAAGCGAAACAGGACAAUUUUUUUUCUUUUUUGGUCUGGACCAAAAUAAUCAAGAGAACCGAACUACAAAUAUGAACGCAUCCUUAGUUUGAGCCAAGUUACUUAUAAUUUUUAUCAAAAUGUUUUGUGGCAUUCUGUUUUAUGAUAUACAGUAAGCAUAUCAAAUAUUUUACGUUACUGUGACGUGUUAUAGCACUAAAGAACCAGACUGACUGCCAUUUUUAAUAACCAUUGUUUCUUAUUUUACGUUCAUAUUUUAAGCGUUGAUUUGACUAUUUGUUUACAAUAAUUCUAAAAAAAGAAUGAAAAAACAACAAGCCCCUUUUCAAUGAGAAAAGCACUUCUCCUUAUCUAAAACAUCCAGGGGCGCAGAUGGGAUUUUUUAACUGGGGGGACCAAGCUGUCAGCAAAUGAUUUCAACUCAGUUAUUUUGUGUAAUAUGGGCUUUAACUAGUGUUUAAGUAGUUACUGUGCGUAAGUUGGGCUAAUGGUUUGUAAUAAAAAGCCAUUGGAGGAUUCUUAUUUGAAAUCAUGAAUAAACAACAACGAACAAAGGCCUACCUGAUCAACACUAGCAGUGCGUGAUCAAACUGUAAUUUGUCUAGUAUGCCA